CUGCCUCCUCGCCCUCCCGCGUGCGGCGCUACUCGCGGCUCUGUGCGGUCCGCGGGCGCCACGCUGUCCGCGCUCGGAGAUAAGCCCCCCGGUGAUGCAGGGGAUGAUAGGAGGACUUCGCCGAGGAAGGGCAAAGAUGCUGCAGGCGGGGACAAGGAGAGCGUCGCUGCAGCGGCGCUUUUGGGUCUUCAUGCGCCGGGCGUCGAGGAAGGCCCCUUCGUGCAAGACCAUGAUGCAGGACUCUCCGGCGACAAGGGAUCCCUCCCUGCUUCACCGGCAGCAUCAGGUCGGGUGUUGCGUGGGUCAUCGCUGCCGCAGGGUGGAUAUCGUGCGCUAAAUGGUAGCCCUGCUCGGGGCGACUCGGGGGUGUGUUAUGUUAGAUAUAUACAACCCGGAGCUGGAAAAAGUAGCGGGUAAAGUCUUCCUUGCAUAUUUGUAUUUUUUAGUUAUUAUUCCUCUUGGUCGGUUGCUUGUCUGGUGCUUCCCUUCUGUCAUGUGCCACUCGCUAGGAAUGGUAAACGAGGACUGACUGUGUUUUCGGAGGGUGAUUCACCUGUGACCAUGUGCGGCGCUGGCGUACUUGUAGGAUGUUUGGUUCGUGGAUCAUUGUUUGCGACGGCCACAAGUUGCAAUGUGAACAUGACAGGGCGUUUAAUUUCUUUAGGUGCGGACUGCGAUACGCACCCACGCUCUAUGGCUCGGGCUUCGAAGUUUUGGUUUGCGUCCAGGAACACGAGACAUCCUGUGCAGCUAAGUCCGUUGGCUUCGACUCAACCUGGCGGUUCUUAUAAAAUAUUUUGUUUUUUUUCCUCGACGUUCACCGUAUCAUGACACUUGUUACUGUGCGGCGGGGUGCCCCUCCUACAACAUAAUACAUACGCACGUUCUCCCGUUGUGUCGACACACCUUUAGUAGGCUGGUGCUGCAGGGCUUGUGGGGUGCAAAACGUCUGGACAUAAGCGCACCGUAUGCAUCGAAUAAUUGACGCCCACUCGGCCACUG